AGAGAAACUAGCUGGCGAGUUUUUGUUCUGAACUAGUCCUCUACAGCAUUAUUUUUUGAACCGUACAGCCUGUUUCAGUGAAUGGCUAGCAAGAUUGGGAAACUUGCAAACCCUCCACCUUGUAAGGGAAGGCUGGUCACAGUGCUUAGCAUCGAUGGUGGCGGUGUAAGAGGCAUAAUCCCAGGAACCAUCCUUGCCUUCCUCGAAUCAAAACUCCAAGAUCUUGAUGGAAAGGAUGCAAGGAUAGCAGACUACUUUGACAUCAUUGCUGGAACAAGUACAGGAGGGCUAGUGACCGCAAUGCUUACGACUCCCAAUAAGGAUAAUCGCCCACUCUUUGCCGCAAAGGAUAUCACCAAGUUCUAUUUAGAGCACUGCCCCAAGAUUUUCCCUCAAAAGACUGGGAUUCUGUCUUCAAUUACUAAGUUGUUUACUGCAGUCACUGGGCCCAAAUAUGAUGGGAAGUAUCUGCACCUCAAAGUACGAGAAUUACUUGGUGAAUCAAGGCUUCAUCAAGCUCUAACUAACAUAGUUAUUCCAGCUUUUGAUAUUAAGUUUCUUCAGCCCACCGUCUUUUCCACCUUUGAGGCAAGGAAUACACCUCUGAAAAAUCCUCUUCUAUCUGAUAUAUGCAUUAGCACAUCUGCAGCUCCAACCUAUCUUCCUGCCCACUACUUUGAAACAAAAGAUGCCCAAGGAAACAAACAAAGCUUUAAUCUUGUCGACGGAGGGGUUGCAGCAAAUAAUCCAACAUUAGCAGCGAUGAGCCAAAUUGCAAAGGAGGUCUGUGUGGAAAACAAAGACUUCCAUUCCAUCAAACCAGUGGACUAUAGCAAAUUCCUUGUAAUCUCUCUUGGGACCGGAUCAGCAAAGUUGGAAGAGAAGUUCACUGCACAGGAGGCAUCCAAAUGGGGUGUACUAGGAUGGUUGUACGACAGUGGUGAUACGCCAUUGAUCAACGCUUUUACUCAAGCCAGUGCCGAUAUGGUUGAUAUCCAUUUAUGUGCAAUGUUCCAAGCGCUCGCUUGCAGGGAAAACUAUCUUCGCAUACAGGAUGACAACUUGAUUGGAAGCACAUCAUCUGUGGACGUCUCAACAAAGGAGAACUUGCUAAAGCUUGUGCAAAUUGGGAGUGAUCUUCUCAAGAAGCAUGUGUCGAGGGUGAACUUGGAGACUGGCUUGUUUGAGGAGGUCAAAGGGGACGUAACCAAUGAAGAAGCGCUCACACGUUUAGCCAAGCGUCUCUCUGAUGAAAGACGGUUGAGGUUUGGGGAGAUGCGUGACAACUGAUAGCAUGGCUUAGCCCUGCUUUGCAAUGGUUUUUAACCCACAAUAUGUUUCCGUUACCAAGGUGUAAUUUUAAGUUUGCUUGGAGCACAAUAACCUCCUAAUCCUGCGACAGCUGUGUGUUUAUGUCGAAAGGAGAGGGGAGGGGGAGGAUGGAAUGUCUAAGACUGUGAUUUGUUGGACUAGAUAAAAGGCUAUCGAUCACUGGAGAAUAAUUAUGGGAAUUUCUCAGAGUAUUCAUCAUUAGGAAAAAGCUGUAAGUUUGAACAAGUUCAAUAAAUUUGCCAGUAAUGUAGUAGGAAACCUCA